AGACAAACACUACACAAAAAGCACAGUGCAACCAAAAGUGAGUCACAAUAAGACCAAACUUUUCAUGAAAGAAUGGAACAACUACACACCUCUCUUGUUUUGUUCCUUCUCUUCUGUUCACCAUGGGUGAGUGACGGGAAGACUUUCUUGACUUAUCUUGGGACACAGUGUAUAGAAGACUGCAAGUUCAACUGGGGCGAGUACAAGUGCAAGACUAUUGAUGAUGGAAAAUGCCAAGAAAUGUACUGUUCACCUCAGGAAAACAUGGACUACAGGGGCAAGCAGUGCAGAGCUGAUAGUAUGUGUGGGAAGCAUGGAGGAGACUACUAUUGGUGCAGAAUUAGUACCCUGGACUGGGGAUACUGUGGGCUCAUCAUGGACGUCAAGAACUACUAUGGAUCUACGACAGGUGCACUGUGUUAUGAUCACUGUGACCGAAGAGAACAAGACUACUAUUGGUGCAAUACUGCACAGGGAUGGGAUUACUGCUCGCCAUCCGAAAACACAGAUUACAAGAACAAGCAGUGUAAAGAAGACAGUUCAUGUGAGAAGCAGCGUGAGAACUACUACUGGUGCUGGCUGAAGGAGGGAAGCUGGGGUUACUGUGGACUCGUGGAACCAAAGAUGUUGAUCCACCGGUCUAUGUAUCAUUAUAUCUGCAUUGACGAGUGCCAGUAUUAUGAGAGUAAAGAUUACUACUGGUGCCACACUGCCAAAGGCUGGGACUACUGCUCUCCAAAUAUAGAUGUAACCUAUAAAGGCAAACCAUGUCGCUCAGACCACACCUGUGGCUUACAUGGCUCUAGUUACAACUGGUGCUGGACCCCAGAUUCAAAAUAUGAUUACUGCGGGCCCAUUGAAUCCACUGGAGAGUGUUCUUACAUCAGUUCUCAACAUCGCAAAAGGAGAGCCCCUAACAAUAACAAAAUAUUGAUAUGCAAAAAGGACGACAAAGGCACCAACACAAGAACCACCUUCACUGCUGUGCCAACUCUUCAGAGCAUCGCUGAUGGAAGUCGAUGGAGAAAUGAGGCUGAAAACUUAAUCAGCCGCUGGAACAAUCAGUACCUGGUGGACCAAUCCCGCUCAAAUCUGAUCCGAUCUGAUAAUCUCCGUAUCGACAUGCAGGGCACCAUCAAUCGCAACAAUCAGCGCUACUACAACCUGCAGAUCCAGGUGAAUGAGAAUCGGAGGUCUGGUCAAAGCACCACCGUGUCUCAGAUCAUUGUGCCUCAGGGAAUCCCAGACCGCUACAUCCGCAGAGCCUUUGUGGAGAGCUUUGAGCGCCGAGCUCGGGUUUUUAUUGAAUAUUUCAAGUAUAAAUCAGUGUUAGAGCCAAGGGGUGGAAAUGUGCAAAGUAUGGCAGUUGAAAUACAGUUGUUAUGCUUUUAGAUUUUUGCUGUACAACACAAAUAUUGAGCAAAAUAAACAAGCCUAAACAAGCAA